AUGUCUGCUAACUCCAAUAACAGGGAAAGGAUCGAAAAGGAUGAUGUGCGGGAGAGAGUAAAGGGCGGAAGCCCGUGCAAACACGAUGGCACUCAGGUGUGUAAAAGCCGGAAGUCGAACAUGCAUAGUGCCUGUAGGAAAUCGAGGGAAGGUAGAAAGAUAAAGAGAUCAGGCAAUAGAAGGUCUGAGAACGAACCUUAUUUGGGAGAGAUAGCACCGUUCGCCAGUUCAUGCGAACCGAUACCAGCGAAACAGGGAAAAUGGCCCAAAGAACAGCAGAGAAUGAAAACACACACAUCGGACAAGCGAGAGGAUGAAUUGUUUGCGACCACACGCGAGGAGAACUGCGGUGAGCCGCUGAAGCGGUGCGUGUACAUCUAUUCACCGGUAUCUAAAAGUUCAGAAACAAAGAAGAGUGUGGUGGUCGAUAAUAUACAAGUGGAUGAAGGAAUACCGGAUAAGAAGAUGCAUUGUAUCAACACGGAUGGUGUGGUACGGUGCGAAAGCGGUAUGAGCGAUAAUAGCAUGCAUUGCAUGCAAAAGUCAAAUGAACAACAGGCUGACGUGGCUGCUGAAUCGGAGAUGCAGCCUAAGAAAGGAAAAACUAAAAGGAGCGAAAAAGGAGAGCAAAGACUCAAUGAAAAGCCUAAAAAAGGGGUGGCAUCAAUGGAAAACAAAAAAACAGGAAACGGAGACAAGAGAGCAAAGUCAAAGAGCGGCGCUAAAAACAAAGCUUUGCCUAAAAAAGUGGCUAAUAUUAAGCGUUCGAGUUGGGACAUCAAACGCACAGACCCGCCUUCAUGCUACAACAUAAUGUCCGAUGUAGACGCCUUAAGUUAUGAGUCUUCCAUUUCAAUACACAAGCACGAAAAGGAAGAUAUAAAGGAGCCCUCCUGUUAUUCUUACACGCUCACUUACAUGAAGGAUCUUAUCGUUUCGUUGUGUAUCGAUAAUAGAGAGAUAUUAUGUUCUGGUGUAGUGCCUAUUAUGAACAACAAAGUUGUUAUGGUGUACAACAGCAAGGGCAAACUAGUUCUUCCUAAGGGUCUGAUAGAGAUGACAGAAGAGGCGAGAGACUGUGCACAGAGAGAGGCGUGGGAGGAGGCUGGUGUGGAGGGAACGCUCAGCCGAAGACGCUUUCUUGUUAAGGAUGGUAUAGCAUGGUACGUAAUGGAAGUUAAAAAGAUUCAUGAAUGCUACUUUGAGGAUUGGAGGGGACGGGCAGUCAUCAGAUACUCUCCAAAGUUGAACGGAAUGAUCAAGAAGAAGCAGAUCGAGGUGAUCAAGAAGGGCCUUGCGUAUGCAGGUAUAAAAUAUUGAGGUAUGGAUUGCAGCUGUGUGCAUGUAUGACAGGUGAUAAACGGCCUUGGCACAAAACUAUAGAAUUCAUAAUGAGAAGUACGUUUGAUCGCUUAUUAGAUGAAGCGAAUAUCGAUGGUGUUGGUGAUUAUACGGGAUAGAGCAAA